CGUGUCCCGUCCGUUUUUUACUGUUAUUUACGGCGAGGAAAAAAAAAAAAUUAAAAAAAAACUACGCGCCGGCCACGUCAUUCCGCCGCCGCGUUAUCUCGACCCGUUCAUUCGUUCGCCGUACAACCGUUGUGUUCUCGCGCCCCGUCCCGUUCCGUUUCCGAUCGUCUUGGCCGUGCGGUCGAUUGUUUUCUUCCGCCCCAGGCCGUCCGCGGCACUCGAGUCCCGUCCACCCUCAUCCUCCCCACACGUGGCGUCCACCGUCACAUCAUCCGGCACCCGUCUCGAGGCCUAGACGUCCACCGGUGGUCCCUUCAUGCCGUCUUGACGAACGGCACACGCGCACACAGACACCUAUCCAGUCACGACCUAGCGCAGACGUACUCGUUAUCGGCGGCGGCAGUGGAACUCGGACCGUGACGACGACAUGAACAUAUUUAGACUGUGCGGCGACUUGUCGCAUCUGCUGGCCAUCCUUUUGCUGCUGUUCAAGAUAUGGAAAACCCGGUCUUGCGCUGGUAUUUCAGGAAAAACUCAAUUACUUUUUACAAUUGUUUAUACUGCAAGAUAUCUAGAUUUGUUUACAAGUUUUGUAUCUGUGUAUAACAGUGUUAUGAAAAUUGUGUUUCUAACUGCUUCAUAUGGAACAUUAUACCUAAUGUUCUACAAAUUCAAGCCAACAUAUGACCACAAUCAUGAUAGUUUUAGAAUCCUGUACUUAAUUGUACCAGCCUUGGUGUUAUCAUUUAUAAUUGUACAUGUUUACACUGUGAUGGAGAUUUUGUGGACAUUUAGUAUUUAUUUGGAAGCAGUUGCGAUCAUGCCACAAUUGUUUAUGGUGUCUCGAACAGGCGAAGCAGAAACUAUAACUUCCCACUAUUUGUUUGCUUUAGGCUCAUACAGAGCACUUUAUAUAUUAAAUUGGAUCUAUCGUUAUUACACUGAGGAUUUCCUUGAUUGGAUUACAAUUAUGGCUGGAAUUGUACAAACCAUCUUAUACUGCGAUUUCUUUUAUCUCUAUAUAACCAAAGUGUUAAAAGGAAAACGAUUGUCAUUACCCGUCUAAUCGCAAAAUAAAGACCUCAGACCACAGUGUUAUUAUGAAACAGACUAUUGUAUGAUUUUACAUAUUUUUUCAUGUUUCUUGAGUUUUAUUUUUGUAUAUAAAUCAAUAGUUUACACCCAUGGAUAUUACUAUGCGUUAUUGGAUAUCAUAUGAAUCAGAGUAUAAAAUAUAUUUUGUUUUGAUUCCUAAGAUACAUGGAAUAAUUAUACUGAAUUACUAUCAAUUA